AUACCAUGAAGACAAAUAUUUGCCUCAGAUUUGUUUUAUUCAUCUUGUCACAUGGGUUGCUGUGUCUCAAGACUGCUACAGCCACUUCUGUUGGCCAUGAGCUUGUAGCUCGUGAUGGUGUUAUUAACAAGAAGUGUGUCGAUAACGAGAGAGAUGCCCUCCUUGAUUUCAAGACUCUCCUUGACGACCCCAACGACUUCCUGUCUACAUGGAAAGCCGAAGAAGAUGAGUGUUGUAAAUGGAGUGGAGUCAUGUGCAACAACCAAACAGGUCAUGUCAUUAAGCUUUACUUACGUCAUGGUGGUCUUGGAGGUAAGGUUAGCCCGUCAUUAGGUAACUUAACAUAUUUGAAUCAUCUUGACCUUUCUGACAAUUAUUUUCAAGGAACCAUUCCCAUAUCCAUCGGUUGCAUGACAAAGUUAAGGUAUCUUGACCUUUCUUUAAACUCUUUUGAUAGAACAAUUCCCCCAGAAUUCGGAAACCUUGCAAACUUGCAAGAACUUGCACUUGGAUCCCUUGGGAAACAGUGUACGAUUGAAACCACAGUUUGGUUGUCUAAUCUGUCCCAUUUGCAUCACCUUGAUAUGAAUGGGAUUUCUCUAGCCAGAGCAGAUUAUUGGGUGAAUGUAAUUUUAAGUCUCCCAAAAUUAUCAUAUUUGAGUUUAAGAGGAUGUGACCUCUCACGGGUCAUACAUCCCUAUUCUUCUUCAUUAUUUGUCAACUCUUCAUCAUCUAUUGCCACCCUUCUGCUCGAAAGCAACAAUCUUAACUCGUCCAUGUAUGAUUGGUUAUUUCUAUUAACUGGUAAUCAGCUUGUAGAACUUGAUCUUUCAAGAAACAAGUUAGAUGAAAUACCCAAGUUUCUUGGAAAUCUUUGUAGUUUGACAAUUCUAGAUUUCACCAACAACUCUGCAGUUCUGAAAUUUUCUGAACUUCUGGACAACUUGUCUGGAUGCACAUCAGUUACAUUACAAGCAUUAUAUGCUGAAGAUAACCAGAUCAUGGGGUCGUUGUCAGAUAAAAUCCAGAUGUUUUCGUCCCUGCGCUAUUUGUAUCUACCUCAUAAUCGCUUAAAUGGAACUAUAAGUGAAAAAGUCUGGGAACUACCUUGGCUUGAGCAACUAGACGUUUCUUCUAACUCUUUCAGAGGUAGUAUCUCUCAAAACGUUAGAAACUCAAAGCUUCAGGGGAUAAAUUUGUCAAAUAACUCGCUUGAAGUAGUACAUUUAUCAAACUUUCCAUAUGUAAAAGACCUUGAUCUAAGAUCUUGCAAGCUAGGGCCUUGGUUCCCCAAAUGGAUUCAUACACUUAAAAGUCUAACCCGGAUUCUUAUUUCCAACAAUGGAAUUUCAGACACAAUUCCUAUGGAGUUUUGGAACACAUGGCCAUCUCAGUUAAGCUAUUUGGAUCUCUCUUUUAACAACAUUAGUGGCAAAGUACCAGAUUUGCUAUCAAACUUUGACCACCAUUCAACUGUAGAUUUGAGUUCCAACAGCUUUUUCGGCCCAAUAUCAAAUGUUCCUUCCACUUUGGAAGUUUUAGACCUUUCCAGAAACAAUUUCCAUGGAGGAAUCUCCUUUUUAUGUCAAAUUGUUGAUGGGUUUUUAACAUUUCUGGAUCUUUCACACAACUCAUUCACAGGGCCAAUUCCAGACUGUUUAUGGCAUUUUAAACAGCUAAUGUUUCUUAAUCUAGGAAACAACUAUCUAUCUGGAAAGCUUCCUGCAUCAGUGGGAUCUUUGACAGGACUUUACAUGUUGAAUUUAUGCAACAACAGCUUGUCUGGGGAACUUCCUUUGGCAUUAAGACAGUGUACCAAGUUAACAUUUUUGGAUUUAGGGGCCAACAGGUUUUCCGGUAAUGUGCCUGUUUGGAUUGGGGAAAACCUAUCAAGGUUGUAUGUUAUCUGUCUGACAUCAAACGAACUCUCCGGGCCAAUCCCUUUCCAAUUAUGUCAACUUGAAAAUCUUCAAAUCCUGGACUUGUCAAUGAACAACCUAAAUGGAACCAUACCUUCAUGUGUCAAUAAUCUUACUUCCAUGGUUCAACAACGAUUCUCAUUGUACCAAAACCGACUGUUUUUUUCUUGGGCCAGCCAAUCAAUAGGUGAACGUACGUAUGGCCGGUACAACCAGUAUGUUGGUCAUGCAAUGAUCAAGUGGCAAGGGAAUGUACGUGAAUUUAGCAAAACUCUAGGAUUUGUGAAGAGCAUUGAUUUAUCAAGCAAUAAUCUAACAGGAAAAAUCCCAAAUGAACUCUCAAAUCUUCAACAACUACUUCAAUUAAACUUGUCAACAAACGCUCUACAAGGAGAGAUCCCACGAAAAAUUGGUCAAAUGAAAGAGCUUCUAACUUUAGAUUUAUCUAAUAACAAUCUUUUAGGAGUGUUACCAUCAAGCAUGGCCCUGAUGACUUCAUUAAACUACCUAGACGUGUCACAUAAUAACUUGUCGGGGAGGAUUCCCUUGAGUACACAACUCCAGUCCUUUGAAUCUUCAAGGUACAUGCCAAAUGCAGGACUUUGUGGACCUCCGGUAACAAAACGAUGUCCAGGGGAUGAAGCAUCACAAGUAUCGUCUAGUGUUUGUGGAAGUAUGGGCGAUGGGGAAAGCAACAGUGAGUUUUGGAGAUGGUUUUAUAUCGGUGGGGGGAUUGGCUUUGCUACUGGAUUUUGGAUAGUAUGUGGCACUUUACUUUUCAAUCGUCGUCUGAGACAUUCUUUAUGUCACUUUCUUGAUAGGCUCAGUAAUUGGACUAAUGUAAAAUUUAGACUGAUCGUUGCAAGAUUGCAAUAAGUUGCUACUGCUGAUUGAUCAUACAAAUCAAUGUUAUAAUCUAUUUUACACUCUUCUUUCAUUAA